AUGGAAUAAUUUGUUCAGCCUGCACAGCACUUCAUUUAAUGGGAUCUUUUUUUUUUUUCUUUCUUUAAUAAGUCGAGUAAAUCCAGUGCAGUUUUGACCAGACUGGGGAGUUCACUAAGGCUGCUGACGGUUUCAGGAGCAAGUAGUGUUGAUACAACUGGAAGUACAGGAGGAUAACCCUAGAAAUGUGGUGGAUAUUUUACAAUGCUUGGAUGUGGGUCCUGCUCACCAUUCCAUUCCAAAGUGAGGCCAUGCCUCCAAUGAGAUAUUCUCAUGCAGGAAUCUGUCCUAAUGAUAUGAACCCAAAUCUUUGGGUAGAUGCGCAGAGCACUUGCAGGAGAGAAUGCGAAGAUGACCAGGAAUGUGAAACGUAUGAAAAAUGCUGCCCAAAUGUCUGUGGGUCUAAGAGCUGCGUGGCGGCACGGUACUUGGAUGUCAAAGGAAAGAGCGGCCCGGUAGGAAUGCCGAAGGAGGCCACGUGUGAUCUCUUCAUGUGUACACAGCAAGGCUCUGAGUGUGACAUUUGGGAUGGACAGCCAAUCUGUAAAUGCAAAGACAGGUGCGAGAAAGAGCCAAGUUUUACCUGUGCAUCUGAUGGCCUUACGUACUACAAUAGGUGCUUCAUGGAUGCAGAGGCUUGCACCAAGGGAAUCACGCUGACUGUAGUCACCUGCAAGUACCAUCUGUCUUGGCCUAAUACUAGCCCAGCUCCUUUCCAAACAACUUCAAAUCCAACCAUAGCGUCUGUGGAAACUUCUUUUAAAAAUGGCAUCCCUCCUACCUUGGUGAACAACCCUGUUGAGAAAGUGGUCGAUGUAGGGGAUACAGUGAGCUUUCAUUGUGACGUCACAGGCAAGCCUAUGCCAGAGAUCACCUGGGAGAAAGAUGUUGAUGGAAAGGAAAAUGUUAUUAUGCGCCCUAACCAUGUUGUGGCAAAUAUAGUGGUGACCAACAUUGCCCAACUGGUGAUAUAUAACACACAACUGCAAGAUGCUGGCAUAUAUACAUGUACUGCCAGGAAUACAGGAGGGGUAAUCAAGGUUAACUUUCCCUUAUCUGUGAUGGAGCCACCAGCCAAAGAAAAGUCCACCAACAAGACAUUUUUUCCAACAGACGAGUGCCUAAAACCUCCAGACAGUGAUGAUUGUGGGGAAGAACAAACUCAGUGGUAUUUUGAUGCCAAGAAAAACAAUUGCUUUAUAUUUAUAUAUGGCAACUGUAACAGCAAUUUGAACCAUUUUGACACAUAUGAAUCGUGCAUGUUGACCUGCAUGAAUGGGCCCGUCAACGUCUGUAAUUUUCCAGCUCUUCAAGGUCCGUGUAAAGCAUACAAGCCAAGAUGGGCCUACAACAAACAGUUAAAACAGUGCCAGUCCUUUAUUUACGGCGGAUGUGGAGGGAAUGACAACAACUUUGAAACAAAAGAGAUCUGCGAAGACAUGUGCCCUUUCCCUAAAAACCAAAAGUGCAAGAUCUGCAAACCCCGACAAAAGCUGGUGACAAGCUUCUGUAAAAGUGAUUUUACCAUCCUCGGCCGCAUAACAGAACUGACUGAGGAAUUUGAUUCUGGACAUGCUCUUGUCUCCGUUGAAGAAGUUCUGAAAGAUGAGAAAAUGGGACUCAAAUUUCUGGGCAAAGAAGCCCUUGAAAUCACUUUGAUUAACAUGGACUGGAGCUGCCCAUGUCCCAAUGUGACUCUGGUUAACAGCCAGUUGAUCAUUAUGGGUGAUGUGCACAAUGGAAUGGCUAUGUUACAGCCUCACAGUUUUGUUGGUAUGUCAAGUGCCCGACGCAUAAGAAAGCUGCGUGAAGUCAUUCACAACAAAACUUGUGACCUUCUCAAGGAGAUUUUAGGACAACCUUAACAGCUGUUAGCACAGCGUGUUAGACCAGUUACAUACCUAAACCUGAUGAUGUAAAUUGUAUUGUUCAUACCAUACCAAGAUUCUUGUGUGUAGACAUCAAAUAUUUAGUUCUGCAAACUGUGUCAUAUCUUUGAAUGUAGGCCUUCAACACUCAUUGUCCAAGACCUGCAGCAAUCAAACAACACUAAUAGGCUGGAGUACUUAUAUAUUUAUAUUCCAUCCUAUUAUUGCACCUCUCCCUUUGCCCAGAGUCAUGGAGGAACUUGAGGCACAGGCACUAGGAUAUAGUAAGAGGACCGGAAGCCCAAAUACAAUGACGACCAUUAAGUUGUGGUGUCAGUAGAGAGAUUUCUGAACAAAAAUGUAUCUCUUUCAGGCAGUUCAACAGUUUAACUUGUUGCAGUCAGUAGUAGACAGGGAGAAACUGGCCAGGGGUACAAUUGCAGGAAAUUUUGUGUUUUGAUGCAAUGCAGGCCCAAAAUAUAAUUAAUUUCAUACUCUCUCAACCAUUGCACUAGACUCUAGUGAAAUGAUUUAUGGCAUUCCUCUAGAUGAAUUAGUACAAUUUGUGUAUCAAUCAAUUGCCCCAAAGCAUCUGAUGAUAAUUCCAGUUAUUACACCUUGGUUUCAGUGCUGAGAGCUAUGGCUCAUGGUGGUUAUUUCUAAAUUUUAAACCAAGAGAGGGUACAAUAACUUGUGUUUUUUCUAGCUGCUGCACAUGCUCAUGCUCAUGAGUCGCUGACAGCUUUCACCUGCUCUUAUUGGCCGAUUCCAGUAGGAUGUAGAAAAAAAAAAAUAAGUUAGGUUGAACAAUCUCAAAAGCUAUAAAUAAAAGUUCAGUGACAGUUCCUCUUUAAUGAAUGCAAUCAUCUAAUUAGAUGCCCACAUAAUCUCUGCCAUUAGGUUCAUCAUCAGGUUGCUGUUAAUAUUGGUUGCACCUUGUAGGCAAGAAUUAAAAAAUGACCUGGAUAUGGAUUAUGUUUUACAGAUUGAAAACGUUUAGUGGGAAGUGACAUGUCAUUGUUCUGCUUGUCUGUAGACUCUGUAUUGAUUAUAUUUAUCUCUCUGUUUCUCUUAUGGUUUCUCUUAUGCAUCAUCUACCUAUCCACCUCUCUCUCUCCUUCUUUCUUGUCUUUGUUUUGUUUGUCUGAUUUUAACUAUCAUUCUAUCUGUAUUAAUUCAUUUACGGUAUUAUCUAUCAGUCUGUUUAUCAUCUGUCUGUCUUCUUGCAUUCUGGAAAAUCGAUUGAUACCAACAUGUUGAUAUACUUGUGUACUAUUUAUUGAAAUAACUAAUCUAUUGACAUACUAUGUGUAUGUGUUUGUGUCUAUAUAUUUCUAUAUUUUCUAUUUAGGAUUCGGUAAAAAAUAUAUAUAAUCUUACUAUUAAAUGUUCUGAGCAAAGGUAGUAGGCUAAUGAGGAGGUUUAUAAUGGGGGUUUAUUAAGUUUUGAUGACUAUAUCACCCUAUCGGUAACCAGUAGAGAUAUGAAUUAUGGGUGCCACUGUGUGCGAUACAAUAUCAUUCUCCAAGUUCUACCUUAAUGCUUUCUUUGCGCCCAUUCAGACGACCUCUCCUGGCCUCCAGUUCACCACUCUACUAACCAGCUCACUUACACUUUUUAAUAGCUGUUGAAAUUACAUAUUUUUGUUUUUAAUUCCAUUUGCUGAUAGUGUUUUGACUUGUUUGACAUUCAAUAGCCUAAACUUUUUUACUAAAGUUAUCUGUGUUACAUUGUUUAUUUACACAAUCAGCUUGAAAAGAUAAUAAAAUCUUGAUUUUAAAAAUUA